CAAAACUGGUUUUUAAUUCUAAAAUUAUAAUUUAUUUUCGUUGUCAUGACCAUUUACUGAUUCAGAAACCUUUUUCAUUCACAGAUUCACUUGCCAACAGAUUCCUGUUAUGGGGCUACCAGAAGAUUCUAGAAUAAAAGCCAAUUUCUUGUUUUAUCUAAAAAGUCUAUCUGAAUAUAAGCGAAAUGUAAUUGACUGAAUGAAGAAAAGAAUUUUUAAAAAUACCUAAAACUCUCCAUAAUUUUUAUCAAAUUCCAGUCUUGGUGCUGAAACUUACACGAUGUAUUCGAAUUUCGUUUGCUAAAUUUCAUUGAAGCUACAUAAAAAAGUGAAGUUCAUGAUUUAUUCGAUUUUUUUUUUAUUCGUAAUCACACUCUAAUCGGCUGUAUGCAUGAAUUUGAAAUAAAAUAAAUUGUUUAAAAUUCUAGUUUCAAUAAUGAAUUUAGUGGUAUUAAGGUAAUAAUCGUGUUGAAGCUUAUCUGAAGGAAACUGAAGAAUCGAUAGAGAGCCAAUAUAUUAUCUAAAAAAAAAUUCUACUUUAACAAAAUUUUUGAUUCUGGGGAGAAAUAUGCUAAAGAAAAUUAUAAAACUAUAUAAUCACAUGUGCAGCAUUAUCUUCGCAAUUCUUACCUUGUAUUUAUAGUUGCGUGGUGCUUUUCUAAAGUACAAGGUUGAGUUUAAGUCAUAGUGCUGAAGCCUAAAUCGAGAAUCUGGAGAGAAAAAAUAUUAAAUUUUUCUUUAAACGCUGCUAUUGUUAUGUGUGCAAAGAUUUGAAUGGUUUGAAUGAAGAAAAAUAAUUAUGAAGGAAAAUAAUUAAGAAGAAAUAAUUAAGAAGAAAUAAUUAAGAAGAAAUAAUUGAGAAGAAAUAAUUAGGAAGGAAUAAUUAAGAAGAAAUAAUUAAGAAGAAAGAAGUAAGAUAAUACCUCCAAAAUAGCAAUCUUAUGCUUUUUUGUUGGAUUUGAGAAGAAUGGAUUUACAAGUAUAUAUUAACGCGUCUUUGAGUGACGGUUAUUUUACGAACUUCAGCAGCGACAAUGAAACCCAGCGAUUCCUAUACUCUGAAGAUGUCCACUAUCCCUAUUAUGGUGAUUACUUAGCAAAACUAAGAGCAGGUUACGGGUACGUCCAUGGUUAUCUCAGUUUUGCUUUCUGUGUGUUUGGUAUCACAGCAAAUGUGCUCAAUGUUAUAGUUCUUACCCGAAAAAUCAUGUUGUCCCCUACCAACGCCAUACUUACUGGACUAGCAAUGGCUGAUAUGCUAGUCAUGGUAUCUUACCUACCCUUUACAUAUCAUAACUACAUUAGAACUGAUAUACCAGAGACAGAAAAGUUCUCCUAUGGAUGGGCAGUGUUCACACUAUUCCAUGCCCAUUUCACCAUAGUGUUCCACACCAUAUCGACAUGGCUAACUGUAACUGUCGCCAUCUGGCGAUUCCUGGCAGUCAGCUUUCCUCAGAAUACAACUGUUUGGUGCAACAUGAGGAGGGCGAAAUAUGCCAUUUUCUUCACCUACAUGAUGUCCGCCAUUUUUUGCAUACCGGCAUAUCUUACGUUUUCCAUUUUCAGUUUCCAAGAUAAGGAAGGACAAGUUGUUUACAUUGUUAAUUUCAGUGAUAUAGCUAAGAGGCAUAAUAACUUGCUGAAAAAUAUGAACUUUUGGAUUUUCAGUGUCAUUACGAAACUUGUCCCUUGCGUCGCGUUGACUGGUAUAAGUCUUGGACUCAUUAGAAUUCUGUACGAAAGAAACCAGAGAAGAAAGAGACUGAAACGCAACCAAGAUCACGAUAGAACAACGCAGAUGCUGUUGGCAGUGUUGCUUUUGUUUCUACUGACUGAAUUUCCCUCUGGACUUUUAGCUUUGUUGAGUGGCAUUCUUGGAUCGGAAUUUUUUGAAAAUGUGUAUGUGAAUUUUGGCGAUAUUAUGGAUGCUUUGGCGCUCAUAAAUAGUGCAAUUAACUUUAUUAUAUACUGUUCGAUGAGCCAACAGUUCAGAAAUACUUUUGCAAACUUGUUCUUUCCCAAUUGUGUUAAAAACGUAACAAAUGGUACAGUAACCUCUGUUUGAAUGUCAGUAGUUGAACCAGAUAAAUCCAAGCUGGUUUACAACUUCCACAAUGAAUAUCAGAAGAAAAACCUAGUUUUAUUUUUCCAUUUACUUGUCAACGUCAUUGUGUUUUUCAAGCACUCAAGGUUUACAGUUAUGUGAAUGUUCUAUAGAUU